AUGGUAUUGAAAUACUGGUGGCAUAGCUUCCAGGAGUAUAGCAACACGGAAGCCGCCAAGUACAACAAACUCGCUGACACGUGGGUGUUGGUCCUAGGGGAGCCUUCUGAAGCUCUCAACGGCAGCUGGCCGGGAAGUCAGAAUGGGAGCAGUACUGAAGGCACCCCAGCCGCCAACCUCACGUCCCCCUACUACCAGCAUUCUCUGCCGGUGGCAGCCAUGUUCAUUGGGGCCUACGUGCUCAUCUUCCUCCUCUGCAUGGUGGGCAACGCCCUGGUCUGCUUCACCGUGCUCAAGAACCGGCACAUGCGCACCGUCACCAACAUGUUCAUCCUCAACCUGGCUGUCAGCGACCUGCUGGUGGGGAUCUUCUGCAUGCCCACCACCCUUGUGGACAACCUCAUCACGGGUUGGCCCUUCGACAAUGCCACCUGCAAGAUGAGCGGCCUGGUGCAGGGCAUGUCCGUGUCGGCGUCUGUGUUCACCCUGGUGGCCAUUGCUGUGGAAAGGUUCCGCUGCAUCGUGCACCCUUUCCGCGAGAAACUGAGCCUGCGGCAGGCCCUGGCCACCAUCGCGGUCAUCUGGGCCCUGGCCCUGCUCAUCAUGUGCCCCUCGGCCAUCACGCUGACGGUGACGCGCGACGAGCACCACUACAUGGUGGACGCGCACCGGCGCUCCUACCCGCUCUACUCCUGCUGGGAGGCGUGGCCCGACCGGCGCAUGCGCCGGGUCUACACCACCGUGCUCUUCUCGCACAUCUACCUGGCGCCGCUGGCCCUCAUCGUGGUCAUGUACGCCCGCAUCGCCCGCAAGCUGGUGCAGGCGCCGGGGCCUGCCCGGGACGCGGGCGAGGAGGCGGCGGCGGCGGGCGGGCCGGUGGGCCGGCGCCGGGCGCGCGUGGUGCACAUGCUGGUCAUGGUGGCGCUGGUCUUCUCGCUGUCCUGGCUGCCGCUCUGGGCCCUGCUGCUGCUGCUCGACUACGCGCCGCUCAGCGAGCCGCAGCUGCACCUGCUCACCGUCUACGCCUUCCCCUUCGCGCACUGGCUGGCCUUCUUCAACAGCAGCGCCAACCCCAUCAUCUACGGCUACUUCAACGAGAACUUCCGCCGCGGCUUCCAGGCCGCCUUCCAGGCCCGCCUCUGCCCGCGGCCGUGGAGCAGCCACGGCCAGGCCUACUCGGAGAGGCCCGGCGGGCUCCGGGCCAGGCGGGUCCUCGUCGGGGUGCAGCCCAGCCACUCGGGCCUGCCCUCGGAGUCGGGGCCCAGCAGCGGCGCGCCCCGGCCUGGCCGCCUCCCGAUGCGCAAUGGGCGGGUGGCACACCUUGGCUUGUCCCCAGAGGGCCCUGGGGGCGCCCGCAUGCCCCUCGCCAUCCCAGCCUGGGAUAUCUGA